CAAUUGAAAGGGACAACGCACUGCACCGACCGUGAUUGCAGGCAGUGCUUCUCAACCAAACGAGUCAACCCGACAAACUUUCAGUCUUCCGUUCCCUGCUUCAGAGCUUCAUAACCAACCAACGAUGCCUUUCCAUUUCUCUCUCGGCGGCCUGCUGGCUCGCCCUGCGGUUACUGCGCCUUUCACCGGCACCACCACCACGGCUUCCCUCCGCGCGCUAUUCCCCAACAUCUUACGCCCCUUCUCGACGACCCCUGCCUCCCAGAAGCGAAAGAAGAAGGGCAAGGAGGGCCCCGGUCACGAGUUCCGUCACCGAGUGGCUAAGCUCCGCGGCAACUUGCACGGAUACGCGCCCCCCCCUCUCCGCAUGGCCCGUAACCGGUGGCUCCGGCACUGGACCAUCCACCGCGCCUGGCAGCUGCACCAACGCCGCGUCCGCGAGUCGCUAGAGCGCGAGCGCAUGCGCAUGCACCAGGGCAUGCACAGCGCCUGCGAGGAGCUCCGCGUCACCGAGGGCCCGGGUCUCAAGGGCGAGGGAUAUCUUUACCGUGUGGCUCUAGAAAAGAAGGGCCUCUAUGGGCUCAAUGCCGUGCCGAUCGAGUAUGCGCGCCUGCAGACCGAGACGCCGGCUCGGAUUGCCUGGGACCACGAUUGGAAGCGGUGAAAGACGAACCCUAGGGACGUGGGGGAAAUAGUGCAGCCUGUGUGUAUGAUGGAAUGUGUUUUUCUCUGAAGCUGCUCUUCUUCCCCCUUUUUUGUCUCUUUUUGUCUCUUCGUCCAGGCCUUCCC